AUGGCUACCCAUCGGAUAGGUGUCGCGACCCUUUCGCGCAGGAAAGGGAUUGGCGCACUGUGGACUCUCCCAACGCCAUUCCCAUCGGCCUCGACGCCGGCCGUGACAGCAUCGUGUGUCUUAUGCCAAUGGCGCACAUUCAGCACAACCGGGCGUACCCGGCGCGAUACGAAGCCGACGAUUGCUUCCAAAGCCAAGGCGGGCACCAGCACACCUUCCGCACAGCCGGAAGCGCUGGCAGAGGCUGGAGGUGAAGCUAAAGACGCCCCUCCGCCAAAGGUCAAUGCUUUGCCAAACGCGCCACGCUCUUAUGGCAAGCGAACCGACGAGUUCACGCCGACGCCUCUCCCACGGCCAAUCGGCAUGCCGGCACCACCGAUGGCGGGUGAGAACAGCGGUAUCGAUGCGCGGACGCUGCAGCAGAAGCGCGACGAUUUUGUCAACUACGAGAAGCACCUCGAGCGCCGCAAGGAGCUCAAGACCAAAAUCGUAAAGCCGUACUUCCGAGACUGGACCAACCUCCAGUUCCAAGAGGGCAAGACCUUUAUUGCGCCUCCACGCCUGUUCCGGAGCGACGUGUCCCUCUACUUUCCAAACCUCGUGGGCCAGCCCCUGCUGUCAGCCGACAAGGCCAGGUCCAAGAACACAGAAAACCAAGUGCGCACGUUCAUCUCGCCCGAGGAGAAUCCGGAGCUGGCCGAGGUGCUGGCGGCCAACAGCGGGCCCGGCAAGGCACAGCUGGUGCAAAUCAACUACGAAGACAAUGCAAUGCGCGCCUGGCUGGUGCGCCUGUUCCGCGGCUCGCUGCGCAAACGCGUCAACGAGCGUGAUCGUGAGCGGUACCUGCUGGUGAGACAGGGUGUCACGGAUGACAUCCGUGAGAACAUUGGCCUGCUCAAUAGUAAGGUCGGCUACAUCUACCUUUUGGAUCAGCAAUGUCGUAUCCGCUGGGCCGGCAGCGGUUCGAGCCAGCCGGAGGAGCGCCAAAGUCUCGCCAAGGGUGUCCAGCGUCUGCUGUCCGAGGCCAAGAAAUAA